CUGCUCAUUGGCACACGUCGAAGCGCGAGGCUCCCCCAGCCAAUGGGCGCCGGCCACACGGUGUUUAGCAACAUAACCCGGACUAUAAGAGCGCCGCUCGCCCCCCGGCCGCCUGAUUGCCAGUGUCCUCGAGCUCGCAGGAAGUGUCAGCAGCGGCUGGCUGCCCGAGUCACCGGAAGUUGUUACAGAGAUAGAGCAGGCCGCAGACAUGGCGGACGGGGAGGUCGUACUGUUAAUCCGGAGUCCCAGCCUGAAACAGGACGAGCGGGAGGUCAGGGCGGCCAGGAGCUGCUCUGUGCGUGAACUCAAAUCACAGCUACACCGGGAGCUUCCUGGGGAACCGGUGAGGAUCAGGGGCCACAUAUCACCUCCGGGGGGGCCACAGACUGCAUUAGGGGCCACCUAGCAUCUCCGGGGGGCCACAGCCUGCAUACCAGCUCCGGGGGGGAGGGGGUGGGCACAUACUGAAUAUCAGCUCCGGGGGGAGGGGGUGGGCACAUACUGAAUAUCAGCUCCUGGGGGCCACAGCCUGCAUUAAGGGCCACCUAGCACCUCCGGGGGGGCCACAUACUGAAUAUCCGCUCCUGGGGGCCACAGCCUGGAACAGGGGCCACCUAGCCCCUCCGGGGGGCCCCACAGCCUGCAUAUCACGGCCAUGGGAUUACUGACCCCGCCUGGUGAACCUGGUCUGCCUGUAUCCAGGGGUUCCUGGGUAAUGUAGUCCCCAGCAGCUAGAGUGCUGUCCGGGGGGAGGGAUAUAAAGUUUGUUGAGGAGUGGGCAGAACAUAGCUCUACCAGCUGUUACAUAAGCAUCAGCCAGAAGCAAGCACUGCUAUUCACAUUCUCUAAUAUAAUCUGUAAUACAUCUAUUAUUAUUAUUAUUCAGGGGUAGUGACCUAUUUGAAGUUGGUUUCCCACUCCCCCCUCCGAGAGCUCUCUCUGGACCCUUUUAGUUGGAUUCUUGGUUAUCUGACCCUAAUGAUUUGCUUCUCACAAUCCUGUGCUCUUUCUGCCUGCAGACCAUUCUGUCAGGGGUUUAUGAAACCAAUGGAAUGUCACAAAACAUUGGCUCAGAUUACAGGCAUUCCAACCAAAGGUGCAGAAAUAUUAUUGUUAUAUUAUAUUAAGCCUGUAUCCCAGUUACUCUUCCAAUGUACCAUAUUCUUUAAUUCACACAACAAAAUAUUAACAUUUAAGGUCGUGCUUACAAUGAUGGCAUUAUUGUUGUCACCUCUAGUUUAAAGUGACUGUCACCUUCUGGGGGUUUUGGACAUUUUUUCCCAAAACUUGAGGGUAGCUCCACCUCUUUCUAAAGAAGGGGAAAACAUAUAAGACAAAGUAGUCUCUAGAAUGGAACUGAUUUGGACACUAAGUUUAAGGUGACACAGCUGCUUCAACACUUUCAAGAAUAUAGAGGUUUUUUUUUGUUUUUUUUUUAAAUGUUCUGAAUGUUAAGGCCUUUCACCAACAAGCAUCUGUACUUUAGGCAUGAAUAACAUGCCAUAUUUUUAGCCUAAAAGAAUACUCUAAGCGCUUUAACCUCUAUAGCCUGCUGUAGUAGUUAUGGUGCCUAGAGUGUCAUGGCACCCUCACACUGUUUAAGAACACAGCUCUUGCUUCCUGAUUCUCCUGCUAUAAGAACUUGUGCUAAUUGGAAUGUUCCUUUAAGAUCGUAACAAGCUGUUGUAUAAAUAUGCAUAUCCGUGUAUGGGAGUUGGCCACUACUAGUUUAGUCAGACAGUUUAUUAUGUAAAAUGUUUGCAUACAGUUAGAAAAUUGCAGGAUAAAAGGAUCUAAAGAAACACAGGGCUGUAUACUAUAGUCUACUUUCACUAUACCUUGGGCUGCUUUAAAUCCAGUGUCUAUAUAGUUCAGUCUAUGGUCUCUUGUCUUGUUAAUUAUCUUGGACUUUAGAUCCCAUGGCUUUUGGACUGGCUUAUUAAAAUACUUGUUAAACAGGUUUUGUGCUUUUAACAUGCAUGACAAUUGUUUUGAAAGGUGGAUUGUGCAUAGUUGGAAUUUAUUCCCUAGGGCAGGCAUAGGCAACCUUCGGCACUCCAGAUGUUUUGGACUACACCUCCCAUGAUUCUUUGCCAGCAUUAUGGGGAAUGUAGUCCACAACAUCUUCAGUGCCGAAGGUUGCCUAUCCCUGCCCUAGGGUAUAAUUCAUGAUUGUUAACAUGAGCUAUACAUAACUCAAUGCUUCUUGAAAACUUUCAUAUGUACGACUGCUCAUCAGCAACAAAUGCAGUAUCAUAAUACUGUUUUGUGUGUCUUAUAAUUAUUGUUGCCAACAAAGCUAAUAUACACUGAACAGUACUAGAUUACAAACAUUAACAAAUGUAUUUGAUGGUAAAACAAAUUGAGUUUUCAGCCACUUUAACCAAUUCAACAGCAAGCCGGGCUUGCUCUGUCAGCGCGCUGUAAAUUGCGUUCAAGAUGACGAGUGGAAACUGACAAGGGAUUAGUUUACCCUUGGUCCUGUAAGGAAUAAAAAGUAUAUAUCAGCAGCUAGGUCUAUUUUCGGUUAUAAGAUUAGAAAAUUUUUAAAACACUCUUAAAGGAAUACUCUAAGAACCCUAUUGUAAAUCAUUAAAGGAUCACUAUAGUGUCAGGAAAACAAAGCAGUUUUUCUGACAUAGUGCCCUGAGGGUGCCCCCACCUUCAGGGUCCCCCUCCCGUGGCGCUGAAGGGGUUAAAACCUCUUCAGCCACUUAACUUAAUCCAGUGCCGGGCUCCCUCGGCACUGUUGACCUCUCCUCCCCGUCUGUCACUGGAGCUGAAUGCGCAUGAGUGUCAAUGCUUUCCUAUGGAGGCAAAAUUCGCCGCCAGCGUCGCAGAUGCGCCUCUAAUGGUUGUCCGCAAGACAGCCACCAGAGGCUGGAUUAACCCCAAAUGAAAAUAUAGCAGUUUUUCUGAAACUAUGUUUACAUGUGAAGGGUUAAAACCUGAGGGACCUGGCACCCAGACCACUUAAUUGAGCUGAAGUGGUCUGGGUGACUAUAGUGUCCCUUUAAACUUGUGUUUUUAUCAAGUACCGCUACCCGCCUUCACUACGUCUAAUGGCAAUCCGGAAGCUCUAUGUGAGCUAAGCAGCCAGGUAGGGCCAAGCUCAUUGGCUGAGUGCAAUCAGUUGACACUCUUGGGGCUUAGCUCUCCAUAGGAAUGAGGAGGCAAAGAGCAGUGCCAAGCAGAUGCUAAGUAAAACCGUUCUAAAAUGGUGUGACUACUUGCAAUUGGAAGUAGGGCACUUAUGGCACCAUGACCACUAUAGCAAGUGAUCUAUAGUUAUGUGGCUUGCUUUGUUGCUUAAAGAACAAAUUCUUUCAUAUCCUCCCUCUUACAUUCAGCCGUUUAGUUAAUGAGAAAAUAUGUAAUAAACAACAAGUACUUUAGAAGUAUGCUUAACUCUGGCAAGCUAUAGCAAAUUCCCAUGAUGCACUAAGAAGUAUCCUGCAUGUUUUAUUUUAUAGCUUUAUAUCUGAAACAGCAGUCUAUUAUGAUUUUAACAUGGUGUUUGUUAUGAUCUCGAGGUCAGUCACUGUAGGUGCAACAUUAGUAUUCACUGCCUGUUGUAUUUUUGUUAUUCAGAAAGAAGAAGAUCAGAGAUUGAUCUAUUCAGGAAAACUGCUCCCUGACCACCUGAAGCUGAAUGAAGUGCUGUCCAAGGUAAAUUCAAUCAGAACAUUUAAUUUUUUUCCCCAUUGCUAUAGCUAAAAGAGAAUUGCUUGUUCCCUCUAUUCAGAAUGUAAUCAUAUUAUUUGCUUUACAGGAAAACAGGCAUGUGCUGCACCUUGUUUGCUCUGCUCGGAGUCCACCCCAAACUCUGGUAUGUUAUAGAUUUAUUUUAUUGUUGGUUUUUCCAUUUCAGAUGUCAAUGGGCCUUUUGUUUUUAAUGUAAACACUCCAAGCACCAUAACCUACACAGCAGUCGAGCCAUUUUUAGAAUGUUAGACCUGAAUUCUGCCUCUUAUACAGUCUCCAGGCCUGCUGUAAACUCUCAGCAAGAGCUAAACCUGGCUGGGCAGGGAUUACUUUAUCUGCUGAUCUCUCUCUCUCUCAGCAAGUACUCUAAUCCAACCAGCUUGUCCUGUCAUGUAGGGCUUGGCUCAGGAGAGCUAAUAGAAACUCCUAAACACGAGAUUCUGAUUGGUGAGAAGAGGUUGGGAGCAGCACCCAGCAGACCACAUGUAAUAAAUCUGAUCAUUCUAGAACUGCUUGACUAUUUGCAAUAUGGUAAGCUGGUACCAUGAUCACAAGCUGUAGUGGUUAUUGUGCUUGAAAUGUUCUUGAAACAGCUAAAUUUGUCAGUCCCUGACAACCCUUUUCAUGUCAGCUUUGAUGUUGGAACAGGAAGGGGACAAGGCCUGUCUACCAAUAUAACUAUAUCUGCUUUGGACAACCUAUUCCAAAAUAGCAUGUCCUACUCAACUGCACUUUCUGUAAGAAACAGGACAUUACAUGCGUGCGUAAAGGAACCAGAUUGCAAUGCCAACUUCUUCCUUAACCCCCACCUUUUCUGUAUCAACACAUCUUUAAAUAUUUAUUUAAUACACAUUCUCUGCCACAUUACAUAGUAUUUAUCCCUGUUAUCGCAUGAUUUACUGCCCUUUCUGUUAAUUUGUCCAACAACAUUUCGAUUCACAUGAUUCUGUGAAAAUCACUUUUUGUGAUAAAGUGAUACUUUUGUACAGCUUAAACAAUAACUACACCUAAAAUUCAAUGACUCAAACCCUAACUCAUCAUUAGCUUAACCAGGCGCUAUCAUGUACUAAAGGUUUUGAUGGAAUAGUUAUAGAAAUUAUGUGAAUCUGGCAUUGUUAUAAAUUCAAAACAAAGUAUAUAUUUGCCAAAGUGGACAUAUUUCUUUUUAAGAGCACAGGCCUAAGUAUUAAGGAAACUAAACUAGAUUUCCAGGUAUUCAUGAACUACCAUUUAAAAUGAUCAGCAGAAAGAUUUGGUGGAUCAACUGUUAUUCACACUCCCUAUAUUAGACUGAUUAUCAUUUCCUUCCACUGUUAAUCCCCUGCUGGGACACAGAGCAAGGGAUUAUUUGCUUGUGUAGGCUAAUGAAAGCAACAUUUUCCUAGCAUCUGUUACUCAGCGUUGUAUGAUAUGCACUCUGGUCAAGAGUUGCCAAUACUGAGCUAUAUUACUGUAAUAUAGAAAUGGUGGAUUAUGCAAUAUACAUGGUUUUUGUAUUUUGCCAUGGUUACUUGUUCUGUAUACUCACUGUUAAAGAAUGUGCUAACACGUAUUUUUAUAUGCAGGCACAAGAGAAGACUCCUCCAGUAAGCACAGCUUCUACAAACCAGCCUUCAAGUCCUCCCACUGAUGGGUUAAGACAACGUAAUAAUGCUCCAGAGAAUGUUCCAACUGCCAAUCGCUUUACCAGGUAUUUACCCAUAACUGCAUGCUUAUAUGUAUUCUACAAUUACAAAGAAAAAUAAGAGGGAGCAAAGUCUAGGAAAAAGCUUUAAGUGAAGAAAAAAAUAAAAUCUAAUUUGUAUACCUUCUUUUCUGCCACUCCCAGCCAGUAGUAGUACUACAAUAACUUAGACUAUUAAUAAGCACAAGGUCUUCUGCCUACUACUGCCACCCAUUGCAUGUACAGAUUGGUAUGUUGGCUGAAGUGGUUAUUAUUCCUUUCUAUUAACUGGUAUUAAAGACCUCCCACUCAAUAAGUAGUAGUUGUUUUCAACUGAAUUUUAUCUACUGCAAUCUGACCUGGUUCAGCCAAUCAGAAUCUCCUCAGAGAUGAAUUGAAUCAAUGAAUCUCUGAGCAGAAAGUUCAGUGUCUGCAUGCAGGCAAGACUGAGUGGCCAGUGAAGUUAUCACUGGGCUGUAAUGUAAACACUGCAUUUUCUCUGAAAAGACAGUGUUUACAGCAAAAGGCCUGAAGGGAAUGAUUCUACUCACAAGAACAAAUGCAAUAAGCUGUAGUUGUUCUGGUGACUAUAGUGUCCCUUUAAGCACUGUCUGUUUUAGCGCAUGUCCCUAGUCCAAAAUAUACAUGAAAUAGAUAUGGUUACUUACAAACCAGGUAAUUUUAGAGAUUUUACCAGUGCUAUUUUGGCCUUAAACUAGUAAUUUCAGUGUCAGUUCUCCAGUUUAAUAAAAAAUAUACAAUAUAGGUGCAGUAUACGUAAAAAAACUAUAAAUAUAGAAAUAAAAUAAAAAAUAAGAGCAGCUACACACAUCCACUAGCGACUAUAGAUGAGUAUAAGCUCAAAAGUUAAAUAAAGUGUGUGCGCUCUUUACUCAUAAAACAUUAAGAAAAUGUAAACCAAUCAAUAAAUCAAUAAUUUAUUCUAAAAAAAAUAUAUUGUGAUAGAAUAAAUACCAAAUAACGAGGAUAAAAAACACAGGUGAUCUAGACCUGCUGAGAUGAGAACAAAAUACAAUGUAUCCCUUAAAAAGAGCAAAUAUAAUCCUACAGCAAUACAGAAUGCAUAAAGGGGUCAGAAGGAUUAACUCAGACACUAUGUGAAAAACAACAAAGUGUCAGAGUAUUAUCCCUACCAGACCCAGAUACAAAUAUAACAACUGUAACAAGUAAUACUCAAUAAAGUGUAUACAGAAAAGUACCUUUCCUCGGUGUGGGCCCCCCACCGAGGUACAUACACAAAGCGUGUAGAAAAAAUUAAAAAAUGAUGAAUAACACGGGCUGGAAGCGGUAGUGAAAUAUUUGAAGAGAUGGUAAAAUCCAGCAGAUGGCAUACAGGGUUCCUCAAAAUGCUAUAAAGUAUAUCGCGGUCGGGAUCUUCAAAAAAGACCGCGAUAUAUACUGGACUCACUCACUGCCGCAGCUCGUUAAAGCUUCAAUACCAGAUAAGUUCAUCCGAUGGAAAAGAAGGAAAGACCGCCAAAAUACAAAACCGCUUCCUGCUCUCACUCAAUCACAGCAGGUGUAGGUUAAUCCGACAUCCGUCUACGCGUUUCGUCCCUCCCACGGCAGUUUAAUAAAACACACUGACUGUCAUGAUUUAAUAUGCAUCUCUUCUAAUAUAUUUUUUCCUUUUUAGUCCUCCAGGAGCCAACCCUGCUAUUUCUCCAUACGCAGUAUACAGUCCCCAGCAGCUUAUGUGGCUGCAACAGAUGUAUGCCAGACAAUACUACAUGCAAUAGUAAGUCAUAUUGUUGCUGCAAUCACACUCUAGUCCCUGCGAUAUAGCACCUGUGAAAUCAAAUCUGGCUUGACUCGCAUUCCUUUCCAAAGAAUAGAGCAAAGGACAGUGUUUGGCGUCCGCAUGCGCUGUGCUAAUGCUUUCUUUGUGAAGACCUUCCGUUUCAAAAGUCUUCACUGAGGAAGUGCCCUUUGACAGUCUUGAUCAUCACUAGAGAUGUGAUAAAAUCUUCCACUGUAUAGAUAUCAUGUGACCUAAAGGUCACCUAAUACCUGCUGUGUUGCCGUGAAACUAAGUUGCAAAGACAAGUCCUCUUUGAGGUCACCAGGGGUUUACCUUAAAUAGCUUACUAGUCACCUGAUCCGCAACGCCGACUGCUUAGAGUGUGUAACUAUUUUACUAGAGAUAUUGCUAAAAUUGAUCAAAUAAAUUGAAUAAUAGGGGAAGGUGGAUUAAAAAAUAUAAAUCUCAUCAAUCACAACUACACAGUACGACACACAAUGUUUGUAGAUAUUAAAUGGCCCCAAACUGCUGCAGUAUAGUAAAUCUACAAGUAAUGGUAGAACAAACUGAACACUGAUAUUACUGUUACUCAUCACACCUGCCUGAACUUGUUAGGAACUAAAUACAUCAAAACAAACCUGUCAUUGUGAUGUUUUAUUGCCUUGUGGCUGGUGAGUUGGCUUUUUAGGUAACUAACUUUUUCCUUAUUUCUUUCUCUAGCUAUGCUGCUGCAGCAGCUGCUAAUCCCCGCUUCCCUUCUCAGAGUACUCAGGAAAUACCUGUUGUACCAGCUGCUGCUCCAGACCCGUUGCCACACAGGUUUCCUGCAGAAAAUCAGCCACAAAACCCAGAUGUUCAAGCCCCAGUAAAUCCAGCUGCCAAUCCAAACAUGCGCAUGAAUGCCCAGGGAGGACUUGUUGAGGAAGAGGAAGAUUUGAACAGAGAUUGGCUGGACUGGGUUUAUUCGGCUGCUCGCUUCGCCAUCUUUCUGAGUAUCCUGUACUUCUAUUCCAGCCUGAGUCGCUUCAUGAUGGUCUUGGGAGCCAUGAUUCUCAUGUACCUGUAAGUCUGGUAUCUACUGCAGUCAUUGUCUAGUUUGGUUUGACUUUUGCUAUUUUUUUCUAAUUUUACUUUAAAAUAAGACCUACUUAGUAGAUGUCCUAAAAGGAACACUCCCCUACCCUAAACUACUUCUGCUUGCUGAAGUUCCCCUCUGUUUGCCAAGUUUCAAUGUAAAACCUGCGCUUUUAAAAGUCCAUAGUUCUAAUCUCCUAGCUGUCAGUCUGACAGGAUGGAGGGUUUAAAGGACCACUCUAGGCACCCAGACCACUUCAGCUUAAUGAAGUGGUCUGGGUGCCAGGUCCUUCUAGGGUUAACCCAUUUUUUCAUAAUUAUAGCGGUUUCAGAGAAACUGCUAUAAUUAUGAAUGGGUUAAGCCUUCCCCCUAAUCCUCUAGUGGCUGUCUCAUUGACAGCCACUAGAGGCGCUUGCGUGCUUCUCACUGUGAUUUUCACAGUGAGAGCAUGCAAGCGUCCAUAGGAAAGCAUUGUAAAUGCUUUCCUAUGCGACUGGCUGAAUGCGCGCGCAGCUCUUGCCGCGCGUGCGCGUUCAGCCGGUGGGGCGGAUCGGAGGCGGAGAGAAGGAGAGCUCUCCGCCCAGCGCUGGAAAAAGGUGAGUUUUUUUUCCCCCUUUCCCCCUUCCAGAGCCGGGCGGGAGGGGGUCCCUGAGGGUGGGGGCACCCUCAGGGCACUAUAGUGCCAGGAAAACGAGUGUUUUCCUGGCACUAUAGUGGUCCUUUAAUGCCUCACUUGCACUUAAACUAUAGUUCAAAAGGUAGGACCAUACUUCUCAUAGCACUUAAUUGAGUGAGCACAGUGAUUGCUGCAUAGGUCACUGGUCCUCAGUGCUUCUCCAAGAAAAUAAACGUACAUUUUUUUUUCAGGGGUGAGAGUCUCCUGCAGUACAGCUUGACUUGCUCUUGCUGUGAUCCUCAUGAGUGAUUAGAUCUAAGUCACAAUGCUCUCCGUAAGGGUGGUUUGGGGCUGUAUUGAGCCUGUAAUGGUCCUGAAGAAAAAAUGUGGUGAGGUUUUCCUUUCAUAUUGACAAAGACCUCUCCUGCUUCUGUGACAGAGCUAGUCCCAGUUACUGCUAGAAUUAGACAUAUCACAUUAGUCUAUGCUUAUAGUUUAAUCUGUCUUUUGCUUGUUUAUAAAAACUAACUGGUCCAUCUUUUUCAGACACCAUGCAGGAUGGUUUCCCUUCAGACAGAGACAAUUACAGCAAGUGGUAAACCCUGCUCCCCAGGCAGCUCCCAAUCAACAGGACCAAAACAACAACUUACAGGUAAGAGCCGGCACUGCAGUCUGCGCACCCAGGAAAUCCGAUGCUUUCACCAAACUGACUUUAUGCCCCUAGUAUACCACUAACCUUUUAUCAAUGCAGUUAUUUGCAGGUUGGUGCACCUUGUGUUAGUAGCCAACACAGACUUGCAAAUUAUAAAUGAGCAUCUUUCAUAUAUUGAGGUUAAUAGAUAUGAUUCUCAGGUUAAACUUUCAGCCGUUCCAUGAAGGCUAAAAUAUUCUUGUGGGUUGUUCAGCUAUCAGCACUCUGCCCAAGAACUACUGUAUGUGCAUGGUGGUUUAAAUACCAUAUACUGGGUUGUACAGUUGGAUGUAGUGGUAACACUGUUCUGCAAACUCCUGUGAAUCAGUAGUACACAGCAGUGGGUGUACCAGAGUCCUUGUUCGUGCUGUCUUUUGUUUGACAAGAUUUUGAUUAUGGUUUCUCUGUUUACAGGAAAAUGAGAAUGCCGAUGAAGCGUUUGUUGAGGAUGCAGCAGCAGCGACUCUUCAGACGCAAUCCUUUGUGACAACCGCCUGGAUAUUUUUUAAGACUUUCUUUGCCUCUUUGAUCCCUGAAGGCCCUCCUGCAAUUGUCCAGUGAUGACCGGAUUAACUAGGACACAUGUAACCCAUGUAAACCUUUCUGCUGCAUGCAUAGUCUUCCAUGCUUACAAAGCACAGACAAAGUCUGUUUUAGGAACUGAUGCUUUGUAGAUCUCCAGAAGAACUGUCACACCCUGACCAGUAUCCGAAGUGAAGCAUAUACUUUUUUUUUUUUUUUUUUACCGGUCCAAGAUGUGUGAAACCUACACAUCUGAGUAGGCCAGUCCUGCUCGUACCAUUUGAUUCCUUGUGGAAUGUUGGGACAAUUUUACACUAAUUGUAGUGUUAACGUUUACAAACUGCAACAAAUCUUGUAUUUUGAACAGAGUUCUGCUUUGACUGCUAGAGGCCGAGAGCAAAUGUAUUACUGUACAUCAGUAUGCUUCUCUGCAUUCUAAAAUCUAUUUUGUGAUCAUUUUAUGCACAAAAGCUUGCACUUUAGUAAAGUUUUCAAUAAACUGAAAUGCAUUUUAUUGCAAUA